AUGAAAUCAACAGCAUGUCGUGAGCAUAUGAUUGUAGCUAGUUCUCCUAGCAACGAGGAUGACUUGUCCUUAGAUGCCGAUCAAAAAGAGGCACCUGCGCCAACUCGCGAUGCUGCCUCUUCGAGCGUUGUUUUACAACGUAAAGGCGGUGUGCCUUCACAGCAGAAUCAAUUCACCUAUAUUGCAGCCACAAACGAUACAAUUACAUUCAGUUAUAUUGAAGCAACUGGUCGAGGACCGUCGAAUUGGGGCCAGCUUGACCCGAAAUGGAAAGCUUGUGGAGAUGGAAAAUUGCAAUCUCCAAUCGAUCUUCUUGACCAAAAUGUGAAAGUUCUCUAUGGGCAAGAGGAUCAACUGCGAAGAGAUUAUAAACCAGCAAAAGCUACUAUAGUUAGCAGGGGAUAUGACGUUAUGGUGUCAUGGAAAGGAGACGCUGGAAAAAUUACCAUUAAUGGGACUGAUUACAAUCUGCAACACUCCCAUUGGCAUGUACCUUCUGAACAUACAUUCAAUAGCAAAACAUAUGACAUGGAGCUUCACAUAGUUCAUGCGAAUUCUCUUGGAGAGACAGCUGUUGUUGGAGUACUUUACAAAUAUGGCGAACCUGAUCCCUUCCUUUCAAAGUUGUCCCCCUAUAUAAAAUCGGUCACAAAGCAAGAGAAGAGUCUGGGAAUUCUUAGUCCAAACAAAAUAGAGUUUGGGAGCAGAAACUUGUAUAGAUAUAUUGGUUCUCUUUCAACUCCUCCAUGCAGUGAGGGUGUUAUAUGGACAGUAGUCAAGGAGGUUGGGACUGUUUCAAGGGAGCAAGUGCAACUGUUGAGAGAUGCUGUUGAUGAUGGAUAUCAAGCAAAUGCAAGGCCAGUUCAGCCAUUGAAUGGAAGAGCAGUUAAUUUAUUCAUACGGUCAAUGGACUUUUAAUGAAUAAUUUACACAAGGCGAAGAGGGAAAGAAAUUGUUGAAGAAGCACACGACACAGAUAAUGUCCUCCGUCAAUGAUGUUUGAUGGAUAUAUGUAUUCUAAAUAUAAGUUUAUCAAGCACACUAAAAGCUUGAUCUAAAUAAAAUAGCCUUUGGGUCUAUACACCAAUAAAAAAAAUAA